AUGCUGUAUGCAUCAUUGCAAAGGGUGUGUCAGCAACCCAUGAUGGUGGGUAAUGUUGUUAAAGCAUCUAUGGCAUUAGAUAUUUGCAGCAGUUGGACCAUGAAUGGGAAAAGAAGGUGCAGGAACUUGGCUACUGCAAGUACAAAUGCACCCAAGAGAAAAACGUUAAGAAAUUUUCCUCUGGAUUUUUCUGCUCUUGCAGAAACUGGACAUUCAUCUAAGGCCAAAAAAUAUCAGGAGGUCCAAAAAGAUGCUAGGGAGAAGUUCACUCAAGAGGUAUCUUUCCAGUCAAAGGACAAAGAUACUUCUUUGGCAAAGGCUUUGCUUUACGUUGCCACUGAGGAUGAGGCAUUUAUGGUUUUUAACCACGAGAUGGAUGCUUAUUCAAUUCAAAAUGAAAUGAAAUCUACUUCAAUGCCACCCAAAUCACUAGAGUCGACAUGUAUGGAGGCUAUGCUUCUAGCUGGAAAGACUAUGAAUGAAUGGAUGACUGAAUUGGAUGCUAUUGCAAAGGAAGUUGAAGCAGAGUUAAUUUCAAGAGAAAUAAGGCGCAAUUUGGUUAAAGUUCUGGAUGCAGUUAACACAGUUCUUUUUAAGUCAAGGGGUUUCAAAAGGACUUCUGUUCUAAUGGAUUCAAAGUGUUCUUACCUGCAUUCAGCAUUAAGCUCUGGAUAUUGUAUGCUCAUCUUUCAUACAGCAAUUUUGCUUAGUGUAAUUUACAUUGAAGUUUGUAGAAGACUUAAUGUGACCAUUGUGGGAUCGCCUGUUGGAGAAGAUUUUCUGAUAUGGCCUCAAACUAGAAGCCCUGAGGAGCUAUUUAAGAUUACUUCUGGUCACAGCUUGUUUGGUAUUGUUAACGGCGAGUGUGUGAAUGACCCCAGAACAAAGGCUUCAGAUAUCGAUAGCAGUUCACUGUCAGGGCUUGAGAUUGCAACGAACAGAGAUAUUAUUGGAAUUGCUUUGGCAAAUCUUAUGAGGCUUUACUGGAAAUGUGCUUCAAGAGCAAAUCAUGGUUUAAUGCUGACUUCUCCUCUUAGGUCUAUUGAUAGUUCAAAUGUACAUUUGUUGACGCCUCAAGAUUUGAUGCUGUCUAUUAUGGCUUCAGAAAGAUUGCUGAUUCUGCAGCCUCACAACUGGUCUUUGAGGAGAGACCAUGGCAUGAUGUUCUAUUAUAACAGGGAAUAUGAGGAAUCAGUCAAGGAGCUAAGCAUUUGCAUGGCCUUUGCACCAGAAGAAGAGUCAGAAAUAUUAGAGCCAUUUGUUGAGAAAUUACACUUGUUGUGUUUGGAAUCAUCAUGGAAGAAGUCUCUUGGACAUAAAGAUCACUUAGUUCCUUGA